AUGCCCAAACCGACGACAUGUCCCUUCUCAGGCUCCCCUCUGUGGCUGGCAUCCGUUGCUCUGAUGGUGCAGUCGGUGAUCUCCACUUCUUCGACCUACCGGAGACCUGCACUGCGCGGCGGGGGGAAGAGAACAGGGUUAAUGGAGAGGACGCUGAUUCUGCUGGAUGUCAACACCCGCAGUCCAGUUCAAGUUCUAAACGACAACUUCCUCUCUUUACAGUUAGAUCCGUCCAUUAUAAAGGACGGGUGGCUGGACUUCCUGAGGUAGAUUCCCUUCCCAAUCAGUCUGCUGUAUCAUGUUUGGAUCAAAUGCAUUGUUUUUGGUUUAGAGGUCUCCGUUGAGCAUGAUCGGAUUAAAUUAUAUUACUAUAUUAUGAUAUCAGGGAAUCGUUAAACCAUUUCAGAUAGUUGGUUGAUUUGUGCAUCGGGCCUUUGUUUAGGUGACAUUAGAUAUGGGGUAUAUGGAAAUAUGCAGUGGGGUAGAAAUUGUAGCAGGCCUAACUUCAUAAUAACGUUGUCGAGCUUUACGCAUCGAUCACACCGACAGUGUCAUUGCAUUUAGGUACAUCAGAAAUUCAUUCAUUUCCAAUUGAACGCUGCGUUUGCAUUGCAGCAUUGUAUUGCAGAGGCAGUUGCAGUGCGUUCUGUGUGGUGCAUAUGUGGAAUUUAUCGAAUGUAUGUAUCAAACUGUAUGCGAAAACGGCUUGACAGAAAUGGUAGCAGAAGGUGAAUGUUGAACUUUUGUUGCAUACAUUUCCAGAUGAUGCUGCAUACCAUUUUGUGCAAGACACUGUCGGUGUUAUCGAGGCGUUACCAUUUUGUCUGUAUAAUAUAGUAGCCUAUUUUCCCACUUCAGUUUAGACACCUUUUGACACCUUACAUCAUUCUCCUGUGGCAUGCGUGCAUCAGCCUACCCACUGGGUACACACUGGCUAAAUCAACGUCGUUUCCACGUCAUUUAAAUGAAAUUACGUUGAACCAACGUGGAAUAGAGGUUGAAUUCACGUCUGUGCCCAGUGGGUACACAGUAUGUAACUUAUUAACAUAUCUUUAACCUAGUGGUGUUAAUAAUAGGCCUACAUAGUUGUGGAAUAAUACCACUUUCUCAUUCGUAUCAAUGUUUCUGUGUUCUACACAAUGUUUAUGCGGAGAGAGAGAGAGAGAGAGAGAGAGAGAAAGAGAGAGCGAGAGAGAGAGAGAGAGAGAGAGGAAGUUCACUGCUGCAACGCACACGUUGGGUAUGGAGGGGAAUGGUUUAUAUUGGUAGUAGUAGUAGGUCUACAUGGUGCGUAUGAGGCUCCCUGAAGACUUUCCGUAAACAGAGGUUUCUUAUUUCCAAAGAAAGGUCCACUGUUAUUGUCUGGGAGGAGAGAACGAGGUCAUGGCAUUCUAACCUAGCUGUAAGAUCUAAGUAUGAUUCAUUAGAAGUGCAAUAGAGUAUCAGAUUAUCUUACUCUAUAUCGACAUGUUUGUAAUCAUGAAAAACAGUCGGAAUUGGCUUCUCAGAUAUUAUUGGAGCCACAGAAUGUGGUGCCCUGGAAGGAAACCAUUUCAGCUUCCAAUCAGCUUUGGCUAUUGCGCAAAGUUCUCAGAUUUAACCUUUACCAGUCAGUGGGAAACUUUGGGGUCAGGAUUUUAGCAAAAAUGUAAUUCUGGGUUAACUAGAUGAAAAUUGUUAUUCCCAGAAGAAUGCUUUCAAUCAUAUGGAUCUAUAACUUCAGUCGAUGCUGUCUAUUCAAUAUCCGUGUAUUGCCUGUUUGAUUUGUAUUAUGUCAACCUUCAGCAAGUAAAUGUUGUCUGCAUCAAUUUUAUAAUAAUAAUGAUAAUGAUCCUCAUCAUGAAAAUAAUAAUAUUCAUAACAAUCAUAAUAUUCAUAAUAUCAAUAACACCCUCAUGUGAUUAAACAAUUAUAGCCUUCUAGCAAGUUUUUGCUUUACUUUGGUUCAUACUUUUCACUGUUUUCCUAUCUGUCUGUAUUCACUGACAAUUUCAAUGCACAUAAAAAAAGAAAAAAUAUUCUCGCAUAUUUAUUUAUUUAAAUUUAGUUUUGACGUUUAUAUCAACCAAUAUUUGAAUAAACAGGCCUAGUGGAAACUUUGGUGAUCGUAAGAUCUGAUAAUUUACCGCUCAACCACCCUGAAGCCAUAGGCUAAAUUCUGUUUUUUUGGUCGGUCGUUGGAUUUUAGAGACAUAAAAAGGUAUGGAGGGGAAUACCUCUCCAUAUACAAAGCUAUGUGAUUUAACUACUGCAAUAGUCUACAAUUAUCAUCAAAAUUGCACUUUAUCGAGUCUGCAUGAAUUCGGCCAAAAUCGCAACAUGGAAUGCGUCGGCCUAUAUUCCGCAUACAAAAACAACACAAUAAGGUAGGCCUUAAUGCUAAUCCCAUAAAAUAUUAUUGAACACUGCAUUAAAGAUACAGUACAAUUUCCAGUAAUUUAAAUUAAUGGGAAAUAUUCCCGUAAUUUAGAAGAAUGUGACAUAAAUAAUGUAUAUAGGCCUACUACAAAACGUUCCUUUUUCUCCAUGUUUUUGGUCAAAGGAGAUUUUGUAAACAAAUAAUGACUAGCUUCAAAACUUCUUUUAAAAAGUAGGCUAAUGGAAUGCCAUUCCUUGACUACUACAGAAAACAAGUGCAAUUUGUACGUGGAAAUGUCUUGCAUGGGAUUUAUUUGCUCCACAGUUUUUUUGGUGGUCCACUCUUGAUAAUAUGCACAAAUUACAGUGUGGCUUUGGUCGAAAAGUAGAAUAUCUCUGUUGCUUAUUCCGUGUCCAGUUUGGUAACACAACAGUAGAGUGGAACGUAAUCCUAAACACUUCCCAGAGCUGAGAGAGAUAUUAUUGCUAGUUGGUUAACAGCGGCACCGUGAGAGGGUCAUAAAAGUCCUGUUAUAAUGGAAAAGCUUUCAUGUCCUACUUAUAAGACCAUCAUGUAAAUACGAGUAGGGUUCACUAGCUUGACUCUCAGAGAAACCUAUAAGUGAGUAGAAUAGUAAAAAAGUGUUUUGAAAGCCCAGUCCGGAAAGCCCAUGGAUAGGGGCUUUCCAGAUAGGGUAGAACAUAAUUGUAUUAUUGUGGGCACAGUGGCACAAUCAUAUAAUGUUGCCCUGUGACAUCUAAAUACCACUCACACCAGUCCUGUGAUACAUGAAAUUGGCUGCAUGUCUAGCUUCCUUUUGCUGAAUCUGAAUGCACAGGGCUAGCAAGCAUGUGAAUAAAACGGUCAUUGUUUUAUUACGUUAAUUUUUUGUCUUGUGAAAGUAGUUCUCAGCCUCUGUUGAGUAUGUCACUAGCGCUGGAUAUUGCAAUGAUCAUAUACCCACUACGGAAAUUAUUUUCAAAAUAACACCAAAGUAAAAGUAAUUUCUUCUCAGAGUUGUAUUUAUAGGUGGUGUAUAUGCAUAAUCUUAAAUAAAUUGUAAUCAUGUUGAGUUUUUCAUGCACGUUUUUUUGAUACAGAGCCUUACAAACUGUAAAAUAUUGUUUAAUCAACAACAUUUCAGAUGUAUUUGUGUAACAUAUUCUUAUCAGUCCUCUGUCUCCCUGUGUAGUUCCAAGCGUUUAGUAACCCUAGCCCGAGGACUGUCCCCGGCCUAUCUGAGGUUCGGAGGAAAGAGAACCGACUUCCUCCAGUUCCACAACCUGAAGAACCUUGCCAAGUUCAGAGGCCCCGGCCCAGAUUACUACCUAAAGAACUACGAAGAUGGUGAGUUAGGCAUUAUGGAUUUGAUUAUUCAUUUACAAAAAUGUUAAAGACUAAUUUUUUUAUCUUUAUUUCUUGUGUUGUUUUCCCAAUUUGAUUAUAAAAUGUUUUGAGAUGUUUAAAUGUACUUUAGAUACAGUUGAAAUCUUCUAUGGCCAUGUUUAACCAUAGGCCUAUACUUGUUCUGUAGCAAUUGAAAUUCAAACAAGCUUCAUUAGCAUGAUAAACACAUUUAAACUAGAAUGAGCCAUUCUUGGUCUCUGUGUCCACCCUCAGACAUAGUGCGUAGUGACAUCGCCCUGGACAAGCAGAGGGGC